CGGGUCCCGAGCCCAGGUUACUGGCGUGGCGGCCGCCGGGGCGGGAAGGUGGGCGGCUUUCCGCGGGCGCCCUCCCGCCGGACAGGGGACGGGCUCCGCGUGCCCGUCAGCAGGAGCCUCCGGCUGGCGGCCACAGGCGCGCACGGCGGCGGAGCCGGCGGAGCCCUGGCUGGCCGCAGGCUGGUCCCGCGGCCCGCAGCCCGCAGCCUCCUGACCCGGCUGGGGUUGGAGACAGGUCCGCCUGGCGGCUGAGCCUGAGACUUGUGCUUGCCGCUGGGAGGCGAGGUGUGAGCCGUGAGCCCCUUUCCUCGCCCAGGGGCUGGCCAAGCCGCCUGCUGCGUGCACAGCGGAUGGGGCGAGGGCUCCAGAAAUGAGAAGUUGGCCCUGUGCAGGGGAGAGGGGUGCCUGGGAGAUGGCAGCUGGCUGGGUUCCUCUGGAUGCCUACUCGUUGACCAUGAAAGAGACAGAUCGGGAGGCUGUAGCAACAGCUGUCCAGAGGGUGGCUGGGAUGCUCCAGCGCCCAGACCAGCUGGACAAAGUGGAGCAGUAUCGCAGGAGGGAGGCUCGGAAGAAGGCCUCUGUGGAGGCCAGAUUGAAGGCUGCGAUCCAGUCACAGUUGGACGGGGUGCGCACAGGCCUGAGCCAGCUCCACAACGCACUGACUGAUGUCAAAGACAUUCAGCAGUCGCUGGCCAAUGUCAGCAAGGACUGGAGGCAGAGCAUCAACACAGUCGAGAGCCUCAGAGAUGUGAAGGAUGCUGUGGCGCAGCACAGCCAGCUGGCUGCAGCCGUGGAGAAUCUCAAGAAUAUAUUCUCAGUGCCUGAGAUCGUGAGGGAGACCCAGGACCUAAUUGAGCAGGGGGCGCUUCUGCAGGCCCACCGGAAGCUUAUGGACCUGGAGUGCUCUCGGGACGGGCUCAUGUGCGAACAGUACCGCAUGGACAGUGGGAACACGCGGGACAUGACCCUUAUCCAUGGCUACUUCAGCAGCACACAGGGUCUCUCUGAUGAACUGGCCAAGCAGCUAUGGAUGGUGCUGCAGAGGUCGCUGGUCACUGUCCGCCGGGACCCCACCUUGCUGGUCUCCGUGGUCAGGAUCAUUGAAAGGGAGGAAAAAAUUGACAGGCGUAUACUUGACCGGAAAAAGCAAACUGGCUUUGUUCCUCCUGGGAGACCCAAAAAUUGGAAAGAGAAGAUGUUUGCCAUCUUGGACAGGACUGUAACAACAAGAAUCGAGGGCACACAGGCAGACACCAGGGAGUCGGACAAGAUGUGGCUUGUGCGCCACCUGGAGAUCAUAAGGAAGUACGUCCUAGACGACCUUUUGGUCGCCAAGAACCUGAUGGUGCAGUGCUUCCCUCCCCACUACGAGAUCUUUAAAAAUCUCCUGAGAAUGUACCACCAGGCCCUGAGCACAAGGAUGCAGGAGCUGGCGUCAGAGGACCUCGAGGCCAGCGAGAUCGUGAGCCUUCUGACGUGGGUCUUGAACACCUACACCAGUGUGGAAAUGAUGGGGAACGUGGAGCUGGCCCCAGAAGUGGACGUGCACUCCCUGGAGCCGUUACUGUCUCCGAAUGUGGUCUCUGAGCUGCUCGACAUGUACAUGUCAACGCUCACUUCCAACAUCAUUGCCUGGCUGCGGAAAGCACUAGAGACAGACAGGAAAGACUGGAGCAAAGAGACAGAGCCUGAGGCUGACCAAGAUGGGUAUUACCAGACAACGCUUCCUGCCAUUGUCUUCCAGAUGUUUGAACAGAAUCUUCAAGUUGCUGCUCAGAUAAGUGAAGAUUUGAAAACAAAGGUACUAGUUUUGUGUCUUCAGCAAAUGAAUUCUUUCCUGAGUAGAUACAAGGAGGAAGCCCAGCUGUACAAGGAGGAGCACCUGAAGAACCGGCAGCACCCACACUGCUACGUCCAGUACAUGAUCGCCAUCAUCAACAACUGCCAGACCUUCAAAGAGUCCAUCGUCAGCCUGAAGAGGAAGUAUUCCAAGAGUGAAGCGGAGGAGGGUGCGUGUCUGAGCCAGCCAAGCAUGGAUGGGACUCUGGACACCAUUGCCAAGGAAGGCUGUGGCAGCCUGCUGGAAGAGGUCUUCCUGGACCUGGAGCAACAUCUGAAUGAACUGAUGACGAAGAAGUGGCUGUCGGGGUCAAAUGCUGUGGACAUCAUCUGUGUCACCGUGGAAGACUAUUUCAACGAUUUUGCCAAAAUCAAAAAACCCUAUAAAAAGAGGAUGACAGCCGAGGCACAUCGGCGAGUGGUGGUGGAGUACCUGCGGGCUGUCAUGCAGAAGCGCAUCUCGUUCCGGAGCGCCGAGGAGCGCAAGGAGGGCGCUGAGAAGAUGGUCAGGGAGGCCGAGCAGCUCCACUUCCUCUUCCGGAAACUGGCUUCAGGAUUUGGUGAAGAUGUGGAUGGUCACUGCGACACCAUCAUUGCUGUGGCUGAGGUUAUUAAGCUAACGGACCCUUCCCUGCUCUACCUGGAAGUCUCAACGCUGGUCAGCAAGUAUCCAGACAUCAGAGAUGACCACAUUGGUGCGCUGCUGGCCGUGCGAGGAGACGCCAGCCGGGACAUGAAGCAGACCAUAAUUGAAACCCUGGAGCAGGGUCCUGCGCAGGCAAACCCCAGCUACGUGCCCAUCUUCAGGGAGAUCACCGUGCCCAGUCUGAACGUGGCCAAGCUCCUUAAGUAGCCGCAUUGUCCUGGCCUGUGCACAUCACUGUGACUUUGCUUCCCUAUGCUCAAGCACAUUAAAACAAAAGCCACUCCAGGUCACAUUUGGUGUUUGAGGUGUUAUGUGCCUGCCUGCUCUGAUGCCCAGAUGCACGUGAUGUGAAUGCUGAGGAGCGAUUUUGAUGUGAGUAUUCUGCCCCAGGAACGUGCUCUGUGAGAACUCUUCUGCCAUAGACCACCUCUGUGGCUUGUGGGCGUCCCCCGUUCUCCCUGGCUCUGGUCUCCCAGGCAUGGGAAGCUGUGGUGGGCGUCCUUCAUUGUCCCCAAGUGGAAUGGUUUGACCCUGGCCUUUCUGAGCAUCUCUGGACUGGUUCCUCAGCGCUUUGCAUGGGAGAAAUCGGCUGCUGGUCUCAGUAGUCCGUCCAGUGGUCAGUCUGCACAGGCGUGCCACCAGGGUGGGUGGCCAGUCAUACCUGAUGAGCGGGUCCUGAGUGCUGGUCUCGAUAAAGGCAUGUGUGAACUUCAA